GGGACAGGGCGCUCGGGGGUUACGUCCCCCGGGGCCCGAUCCGCCCUCGGGCUGCUUCCCAGACCCCCGAGCCGGUCCCUGAAGCCUUCGCAGUCCUGAGCUGUGGGAUGGAGCCCGAGACAGUGCUGUGGGGCCCGGAUCUGGAGGCUCCUGAAGAGAGUCCAGAUGAGGCUCACAGAGGUGCCGAGAGUGGGAAUGAAGAGGACAGCCCUCGGCGGGGAAGUGCUGGGGAGGAGAUCAUCCUGGGAGAUCCAGCUCAGAGUCCAGAACCCAAGGACCCACCAGCCCCCCGGGAUUCCCCCACCCCCUUAGACCACCAGACCCCUGGCGACCCCCCAGCCCCGGAGGCAGUGCCUCCCCCAUCCGAGUGGACCAAGGCCUGCGAGGCCAGUUGGCAGUGGGGGACGCUCACCCCGUGGAACAGCCCCCCCGUGGUCCCCGCCAGCGAGCCCAGUCUGCGGGAGCUGGUGCAGGGCCGGCCGGCCGGGGCGGAGAAGCCGUACAUCUGUAACGAGUGCGGGAAGAGCUUCAGCCAGUGGUCCAAGCUGCUGCGGCACCAGCGCAUCCACACGGGCGAGAGGCCCAACACGUGCUCCGAGUGCGGCAAGAGCUUCACGCAGAGCUCGCACCUGGUGCAGCACCAGCGCACGCACACGGGCGAGAAGCCCUACAAGUGCCCCGACUGCGGCAAGUGCUUCAGCUGGAGCUCGAACCUGGUGCAGCACCAGCGCACGCACACGGGCGAGAAGCCCUACAAGUGCACCGAGUGCGAGAAGGCGUUCACGCAGAGCACCAACCUCAUCAAGCACCAGCGCUCGCACACGGGCGAGAAGCCCUACAAGUGCGGCGAGUGCCGGCGCGCCUUCUACCGCAGCUCCGACCUCAUCCAGCACCAGGCCACGCACACGGGCGAGAAGCCCUACAAGUGCCCCGAGUGCGGCAAACGCUUCGGCCAGAACCACAACCUGCUCAAGCACCAGAAGAUCCACGCCGGCGAGAAGCCGUACCGCUGCACCGAGUGCGGCAAGAGCUUCAUCCAGAGCUCGGAGCUCACGCAGCACCAGCGCACGCACACCGGCGAGAAGCCCUACGAGUGCCUCGAGUGCGGCAAGAGCUUCGGCCACAGCUCCACGCUCAUCAAGCACCAGCGCACGCACCUGCGCGAGGACCCCUUCAAGUGCCCCGUGUGCGGCAAGACCUUCACGCUGAGCGCCACGCUGCUGCGCCACCAGCGCACGCACACGGGCGAGCGGCCCUACAAGUGCCCCGAGUGCGGCAAGAGCUUCAGCGUCAGCUCCAACCUCAUCAACCACCAGCGCAUCCACCGCGGCGAGCGGCCCUACAUCUGCGCCGACUGCGGCAAGAGCUUCAUCAUGAGCUCCACGCUCAUCCGCCACCAGCGCAUCCACACCGGCGAGAAGCCCUACAAGUGCUCCGACUGCGGCAAGAGCUUCAUCCGCAGCUCGCACCUCAUCCAGCACCGGCGCACGCACACCGGCGAGAAGCCCUACAAGUGCCCCGAGUGCGGCAAGAGCUUCAGCCAGAGCUCCAACCUCAUCACGCACGUGCGCACGCACAUGGACGAGAACCUCUUCGUGUGCUCCGACUGCGGCAAGGCCUUCCUGGAGGCCCACGAGCUCGAGCAGCACCGGGUGAUCCACGAGCGGGGCAAGGCCCCCGCGCGGAGAGCCCAGGGCGACGCCCUGCUGGGCCUCGGGGACCCCGCCCUGCUCACCCCGCCGCCCGGAGCCAAGCCGCACAAGUGUCUGGUGUGUGGCAAGGGCUUCAACGACGAGGGCAUCUUCAUGCAGCACCAGCGGAUCCACAUCGGCGAGAACCCCUACAAGAACGCCGACGGCCUCCCCGCGCCCCCCGCCCCCAAGCCCCCCCAGCUCCGCCCCCCGAGGCUCCCUUUCGGAGGCAACUCCCACCCCGGGGCGGCAGAGGGCCGAGCGGACCCCCCGGGACCGCCCUUGAAAGCGUCCGAGGCUCAGGAAGGCCUGGGCCACAGGCUGGGGGGGCUGCUGGCCUCCAAGUCCUACAUCUGUUCGCACUGUGGCGAAAGCUUCCCGGACCGCGCGGCGUUCCUCCAACACCAGCUCACGCACGGCGGCGGCGUGGGGAGGACCGGCCCCGGGGAAGGGUCCGGGCCCAGCCCCUUCCUCGGCAGAAAGCCCUUUAAAUGCCCAGAGUGCAAAAAGAGCUUUGGCCUCAGCUCAGAGCUGCUCCAGCACCAGAAAGUCCACGCGGGCCGGAAGUCCCAGAAGAACCCCGAGGUGGGGAAGAGCUCCUCCGUCCUCCUGGAGCACCUCAGGAGCCCUCUCGGGGCCCGACCCUACAGCUGCUCCGACUGCGGGGCCUCCUUCCUCGAUCGCCUGGCCCUCCUCCGCCACCAGGAAACCCACACCCAAGAAAAGCCCCCCAGGUCCGAGGACCCCCUGCCCGAGCCAGCCAGCCUAGCCACAAGCCAGGCAGCGGAGGGAGGGGCCCCCGCCCCCGCCCCGAGCAGCAGCCACGGGGAAGGGGAGAGCCCCAAAGCCCCCUUGGAAGAGAAGCCCUAUGUGUGCCCGGAGUGUGGAGACGGCUUCACAGAAGUGGCCGCCCUCCUCCUCCACGGGAGCUGUCACCCGGGUGUCUCCCUGUGAGAUGGAUUUAGAGACCAGGGGCCUCUCUCUAGAGAGAGGAACACUGGAUUUCCCCCACUCUCCCCACCCCACACACCACCCCACACACGCAAAUAACAAGUGGGGGGAAGGAGGACAACCCGAUCUUUCUGUAGAGAAGCGGGAGGGAAAGAACCCUGGGGGAAAAUAGUGCUUUUACACCAGUGAUGAGAAAUCCUUAUAAAAUUGUCCGUGGGAAUCACUUGUAAGGCAGUAGAGAAAAACUGUUGGGUUAGAAACCCUAUACCUAUGUAGGAAAAUAAAGUCCUUUAAGUCUGUAGCAGAAAAACCCUAUAAACCAUAGUGGACAAAAGCCCUAUUAAUUGUAGGAAGAGGUCCUAAUAUGUCUCUAGACGAACUCCAUAAAACCGUAUCCAGAUCCUAUUGGGCCAGGGUGGUACAGCUGGCAUUGACUUGAGAGGGUAACUCCCAGAAUGCAUAGGGUUACACCCUCCCUACACCUGCUCCACUUCUCCCAGCCACCUUGGACACUUAUACUGAAGACAAAGCUCAGCUGGGGGAUAGUGUAGGAAUGGGUGGAACUGGAAGAUGACAAAUGAGGAGCUUUCAAGCCCACAGAGGAGCUAAACCACAGCGACCAGGAAAGGGCUAAUUCAUCCCGUUACACUGGGGGGGGGUUCUUUGGGAUACAAGAGGUUAAUCUUAGGGGAACUGUGUGUGGGGAAGAGACCCAUGGAAUCUGGGAAUCCACAAGAGCCCAAAAAUGGGGAAGGCAGGCAAUGAUCUCAAGCCUUUUUAAGGGCUGAAGUUUGGAAUGCAGUAAAAAGAAACAGUGUAGGAAUAGUGGAAAACUACCACCACCAAAAAUAAAUAAAAUAAAAAUAGGAGGAAUUUCCGUUAGUGUUUGGAGGGACACAGAGCAAGGUGGAGAAACGGUUCAGUUGGAACCCAGCGAACUCCAGGCCAGUUUCUUCCCUUCCUUGGGAGCUUGUUAAACUUCAAGUGCAAGCAGAUCCCGCCCCAGACUCUCACGAGCUGAGUGGAGUCACCUUUUCCCCAGCACAGCUGGAAAUGUCUACUCUGAGAGGCCUCCACCAUGAAGGGGGCCUCCCUCACAAUCUCAGGUCUCACGAUCAGGUUUUUGGUUUUGGGGUUUUUUGUUUUGUUUUGUUUUUCCUCCCUGCAAUCUAACUGCCACCAUACUUGCUUCAGUGGCAGCAAAUUUCCUCCAAGUGCUGUCCUCAAUAGAGAGGGAGAAUCGCUGCUAGUCGACCUCCAAAGAAUAAAUUCCUUCAGAGACUCAAGGCUUGUUGCAGGCUUGUCCUCCCUGACUUCUCUGUGGCCAACAAGGGACAACAAGAUGGCAGAACAGAAAGUUUUGAUUGACCAGCAACCUGAUUUCCCACCUCAGCCUUUCAUGUGGCAAGGAUGAGCCAACUCUCCGACUGGACCAGAGUCCCUCAAGAGUCCAACGGAAGCCUAGCCACCUUCCCCAUCCAGUACUUGAGCCUGUCGGAGACGGGAAUGACCCAGCUCCAUCUUGGCCUUGGGAAGGGACAAAUUCCAUCCCCUUAGCUCCUCUCUUAGCCUGAAACCUUCAGAGGGAAAUGGAUGAGGAGAAACGCGGUCCUGCCAGGCUCAUCUGUCUUCACGCCACUCAGUGUGACACACUUCAGAAAUUCAGCCAAGCCUGCUCACGUGACUGCAGCUUAUGACCAAGGAGAGAUGAUCACCAGGUGGAAUGGGUGAAAUUUUUGGCAAGAAACAGCUGCAGCAAGGAGCCUAUCCACCCCCAGCCCUGGAGUCCCUUCAAGAUGGGGCAGAGAGGAAGUGCUGCUCCCUGACUCCAUGUUGACACCAGUGACACACUGUCUUGGAAUAAUAGGAUCAAGAUGCCAGGUGAGGGGCCCUUCAGGAGAUGGGUACCCAGAAAAGGGAUGCCCUAACAUUCCUGCAAAGUUGUGUGGAGGAGAAACCUCUAAUUCCAUUACGUAAAGGUUCUAAAGGCGAAAAAUCCUUCAUCCUUUCAUCUAUCCUGCCCCCCAAAGGAUUGAAUCUAGAACAAUGUGGGAGAACCACCCCCUCCCCACCCAGCCUGCUGGGGAGGCGAGGCAGGCCUUCUAUGGCUGUGGGGAAAGGGGAGCCUUGAUCGCAGUCACAAAAAGCCCCCACUUACCCAAGUGCCAGGUAAAAGCCCACCACCGCGGGAGGGAGCCCUGCCUGCGGGUCUCCAGAUUGACAAAGGUCAACAAAUGGGGGACAGUCCCUAAGACAAAGAGGAGAAAGUCCUCUGAGUCUAAGCCUAUAAGCCCUCUAAGAUGGUAACAGAAGUCAAGUUGUAGAGACAAAUUUAAAGCUAGAAGCAGAUUCCCUCAGAUAGAAGUCUGAGAAUCUGUUCCCAAAAGCGUGCUUGGGGAACAGCUUUUGGGGUUCAGAGGCCAGUCUGGGGGAAGGUGGUCAGUGUAGUCGAGGAGACUGUAGCCUGUUGAGAACUAGAGUGUAGCGUACUUAGUAGGAUGCUCGCAUGUUGUGGGGACAGGUGACAGCUGAAGGUCGACCCCGGUGCCAAAUGAACCAUGUAGACAAGGCUGGUGGGAUCUGGGGCUUCCUACUAGGAAACAGAAUGGGGGACCCUGAGUGAAGCCUGCCCUCUUGGCUGCCUACUUCCCAGAGCCAGCUGUAUGUUAGGAGGAUCCGCACUGAGCAGGUUGUGGCGCCCAGCAUCUGUCCAUCCGACCAGUUCAGGCACAGAACCAAGAGAACCGAGUCUGCAAGGUGUAAUGAAUGUAGUCAAACCCUCCUCCCCACCUCUGGGCUGGGCCCCAAGUGCUGGGGGGGGGUAGGGGUGGGGGCGGGAGGAUCCCCACAGCCAGUAGCAGAGCCAUUGGUGAAAGCAGAGGGAAGGAGGGACAAAUUGAUCUCCGCUUAGGGUGCAACUUGAAGCUGCUGUGGAUGAGGAGGUCAGAUGGGAACUGGGUGUGAAUCCUGAAUGGGGGAAACUUGAAACCAUCAUAACCCUGAGAUGGGGGUUCCUGUGGCACUCCCCCUGAGGUGAGCAGUUCCCAGACUCCUUUGCUCUUAUAACAAGGGAACUCCUGCUCACCUGACUUGUCCCCCAGGGAAGUGGAGAGGCCCCACUUUUGAGUGUUAUGUGUCGAUAAGUGUCGUGUCACCGGUGGUCAUGUUGAUUAGUUGAAGAGA